AUGGAAUUCAAAGCCCUUUAAUAGUAACACAAUUUUCUUGAAAGAUUGGAUUUAUUAGGUAUAGGAAUAAAUAUAAAGUUUAAUAAAUAAGCUAGUCACAAAAAUAAAAAUGGUGGAUUAGUAACUGUUUGUUUACUUGGUAUUUUAGGAUAUCAAAUUAAACUUAUUCUUGAUUAGCUUUAUGACUACCCUCAUCCUUAUGUUCUUUAAGAAUAGAAAUUUACUGCAGAACCAUAACGUUAUAAUCUGACUUCAGACAAAUUCAUCUUAACUUUUGGCUUUCAAAAUUCUACUUCUCAACAUUACAUUGAUCCUACAGUUUAUAAUGCUACUCUUACGAUUAAAUAAACAAUAAAAACUAAAAAGGAAGCAACUGGGUAAUUCGUAGUUAGUACAACAAUAAGAACAGUAAAAAUAGAGCCAUGCAGGAUAGAUUAUUUCAAUAUUCUUGAAGUUAAUAACUAUUUUAUUUCAUUAAGCUACCAAAAUAUGUAUUGUAUUAGUACAGAAGAAACAGAUUUAUAUUUUUAAGGAUAAUUCGAUGCUCAACACUAUUCAGCUUUUGAGCUUGUGCUUGAUAAAUCAUUAUCUUAGCUUGGUGAUUAUUUAAUUUUGAAGAGCCGACAAAAUGAAUCAGAUAAGAAAAAAUAGGAUUAAAAUAAAAGCUCAUAAGAAAAUGAUAAGAAAGAAGAAAUGUAUGCCCAAGCAGCUGAUUAAAUUUUGAUUACAAAAGAAGAUCAAUAAAAAACAUCAUUCAAAUUUGAAUUAUAGAAAUCAAUAAAUUAAAAGUCCCAAGGUUCUUCAAGUAAAAAAGCAAUGGAGAAGAAUAAAAUAUUUAAUAAAGUAGAGUUUUAUAAAAAUUUGAAAGAGUAAACUAAACUGUAAUGA